AUAAACUUAUAAGUCUCCCAUGAUGUUUACUAUAACAUAAUGAAUGAUGUAAAUUGACAUACAUACGAACGUUUAAGGUUUAAAUUGAUACAAUUAGAAGUUUAAGGUUUAAAUUGAUGCAACCUUGAAAUUUGGGAAAAUUUUGUACGUGCGACACCUUUUCAUAGGUCAACUAAGAUUUGGCCCAAGGUUAAAAACGAAUGAAAAAUGACAUUCUAUUGCCAUCAACCACAUGUGGAAGUACUCAUUUAACUCCAAAAUGUGCACGAUGGCCUGACACUUCUCGUUCCUUCCUCUUGCACCCCAUUCCUUCAUCUUGCUCCUCAUCAAAUACUACUACAAUUUUUUUCCUUCGUUCUUCUUUCUCACUCCUUGGUCUUAAUAUCACUUCUUAGUUUCGCUCUCACUUUUAUCUCUCACUCGAUCUUUCAUACUCGUUUCCUCCUCUCGUUUCUUGGUCUCACUUUGAUUCACAUUCUAUUUCCAUCUUUGAUUCUAGAGAGAGGGAGGCAGAUUGGAAUUUUUUUAAAAAAAUUGCAUAUUUGGAAGCACGAAACAAGCCACGGAAAAAAAAAGAAGAAGAAUCUAAAGAAGGCAAGAAUCACGAACACACUUCAAUUUGGUCCAUUUAGUAAUUUCACUCAAUUAUGACGUAAGUAAAAAACCAACAAAAACCUUUGUUUUCAAAACGUCUCUCUUGGGGCUAUUCAUAAAAAAAAAAAAAAAAAAAAAAAAAAAAAAAAGGUGUAAAUUGAUAUUUCUCCUAAAAUAUUAUAAAUACUUUUAUAUAUUAGAUGUUAUUGGUUUCAAUGGUAAAAUGUUGAUAGAAACACGUUUACGCAUAAAGAACAAAACUUUUUAAAUCGGCGGCCAGUUUGAUUUUUUCUUUUAAACAAAAUUAAUUCAAUAAUUUAAUUAAAUUAAAUGGUAUGUUUGCAUUUGCAGGCUUGUGAGGCCAAAUAUGAAGACUUGAAGAAGCGUUUCGUUGGAUGCAAGGCUUGGUAUGAGGAGCUUCGACGGCAACGAAUCAUGGAACUAAGACAAGCCCUAGAGCAUUCUGAAGACUCAAUAGGGUCAUUGGAAUCAAAACUUGAAGCUCUUAAGUCUAGGAGUGGAUCAGACAAGUCUCUAGUCAAUGCCUCUACCAGAUCAGAAUCUUGGGGAGCUGUUCAGAAACCAACCAAUGAGCUAUCUGCCGGUAGCUUCACACAGGAAAACACGACGUGCAGUUCAAUCGAAUGCCAGCCGGCUCCGCUGUCGACCGAAGAGACGGAGAUUAAACCAGAACCAUCAGAGUCUCUUGAACGGGGAAAAGCCUCAAGGAUUGGGAAGUUGGGAGGGGUAUUGUAUGAAAGCCAAGGAGGAACAGUAAGGAAGAGAUCAAGAGGGAAGAGAAAGAGGAAGGAUUGUAAUAGGGAAGUUAAGGAAGGAAGUAGUGGGGAAAAUAACUUGUCCGAUUCAGUUAACCCUUCAACUGUUUCACAGUCUAAAGAAAACUCAUGUUGCAACUCAUUUGAGGCUCGUGAAUCUUCUGAUGCAAAUGAAGCAAGCAGAAGCUCAACCAUGGAUGGAGUUGAUGUUCUAAUGGCUGCUUUUAACUCUGUUGCAGAGAACAAAACUGCCACCGUAUUUCGUCGUCGCCUUGAUAGUCAGAGGAGAGGUAGAUACAAGAAACUAAUCCGGCAACAUUUGGAUAUUGAAACAAUAAGAUCAAGAGUUGCAAGUCAUUACACAACGACAAAAAAGGAGCUGUACAGAGAUCUGUUGUUGCUUGCUAACAAUGCCAUCGUCUUCUACUCGCCGAAUUCCCGGGAGCACCAGUCUGCAGUGCUGCUCAGAAGCCUAAUUUCAAGUACAUUUCAAAAACUAAUGAAGAGCUCUAGCAAUAUGGUAGCUCACAGCCCUCACAACCAGAGAACACAAACCUGUGAUCUGAUGGCAAAACCUCGUCGUUCACAGCCUGCUAAACGUAAUGUACCUCAGAAAGAAGUCAAUCCAGGAGAUGUUAAAACCCCAAAUGGAAGAAGAAGAAAUAAUGCUAAUCCCCAUUCCUCAAUGGAGUUGGCAAAGAAAGAAACUUCGACUUCUAGGGUAAAGAAAGGCCCUGGUGGGACGAGAAAGGCUGUUGGUGGGAUGUCGAAAAGCGGGCAAUCUGCAACUGCUGUUAAGGGAAGGAAAAGAGGGAGAACAAAGUAAAUGGUAAAAAGUUCUCUCAGGCUAGAACUUGUAAGUUGUAAACCAGGUAGGUUAAGGCUUUAAGGAUGUGUUUGGCUUUAGAAAGAUUGCAAAGAUGAUUAUUUUUUUAUUUGUUUCAAAAUACAAUCCGUCCUAAA